AUGUCUUCGCCCGCGCCCCUGCGCUCGAAGCACAACCCGAACGCGGGGUCGAACAUCGACUACUCGAUGACGAGCCCGCUCGAGGAGACUGGUUCGAACUUCCCGUGCAAGGGUUACCUCUCGGACGCCGAUGGCAAGCAGUCCGUCGCCAAGUGGCAGGCGGGUUCGAGCCAGCAGGUGACUCUCGAGGGCAGCGCGAUUCACAACGGUGGCUCCUGCCAGCUGUCCAUCUCUGAGGACGGCGGCUCGACGUUCAAGGUCAUCAAGUCUUUCAUGGGCAACUGCCCGUCCGCGGCGGGUGUCACCCUCAACGUCGAUAUCCCCAAGGACGUCAAGGACGGCGACGUCAUCUUCGCCUGGACCUGGAACAACAACACCGGCAACCGCGAGUUCUACAUGAACUGCGCCAUCGUCACCAUCGAGGGCGGAGGUGCUGGCCUCAGCUCGUACCCGGACAUGUUCGUCGCCCAGCUCUCCGCCGUCAACUCCUGCACCGUCCCCGAGGGUGUCGAUGUCGAGUACCCGAACCCCGGUGAGCAGGUCGAGCGCGUCGAGGGCAAGCUCGGUGCCCCCGUCGGCGACUGCGGUGCCUCCUCCGGCGGCUCGCCCCCUGCCACCUCCGCCUCUGCCCCCGCCUCGACCUCUGCCCCCGCCACCUCCGCGCCUGCCUCGACCUCUGCCCCGGCCUCGACCUCCGCCCCGGCCUCGUCUGCCCCUCCCGCCACCACCUCCGCCGCGCCCCCCGCCGAGACCUCUGCUCCGGCCGGCGGCGACGGCGCGUGCACCGCUGGCGAGGUCCGCUGCGACAGCGAGUCCACCUGGUCCCAGUGCGGCUCCGGCGCGUGGAUCUCGAUGGGCGCCGUCCCCGGUGGCAUGGUCUGCAAGGACGGCCAGAUCACCGCCGCGGCGCGCAAGCGGUCGCUCAACCUCAAGAGCCACCGCCGCCACUGGAACAGCCGCGCGCUCUAA